UUCACAUCUAGCGCUGUUGUCAUAUUUUUUUAAUCCAACCUGACCUAACCUAUCAGCUACAGAGGCUAAGUAAAAAUUGGAAAAAAUGGCACGUAGCAGAUUAGCAAAAAUUGGCACGAUUCAUUCGAGAACAAGCGGACUUCUUAGAGCUGGGGCUAUGAAAGAAGAGGAUAAACCAUUAUGGUUCGACAUUUAUGAAGCUUUUCCACCAAAGGAUGAGCCUCGUUUCGAUCGUCCGAUAGUUGCGGGAAAUAUCAGAGAUAUUUUCUACGAGGAGGAUGUCAUUCGAGCAAAGUUCCACAAGGAUCAUCCUACACAACCAUUUCUUCGUCUGGAGGAUACAUCUGGUUUGUCUCAAACACAAAAAUUUAUAGCUGUUUAUCAACAGUUGUUAGAAGAGGGUGUUGUGGAAAAAUCAAAACUGUACGAAGCUGCUGUUUCCCAAGUGACUGGGCAGGCGGUUAGAUCAAAAAUCAACAAGAAUCAACCGGUUACAGAAACGAGUUCAGUAGCUGCUGCAAAGGAAGGCAAAAUAGAAACCCUGAAUAUUGAUAUUAGUAACAUAUUUAAGGAUGAGUAACACUUAAUUUAAUUCAGCGAAAUACUGUAUUAUAAGGACCACUGGAAAUGAAUUAAACGAGUACUAUAUAGUUAUCACUUUCUUCGUUACUUACCACAUUUAUGAAUCGUGAUUCCAUGCACAUUUCAAUCUU